GUGAAAUCCCACACGCACGCGAUACGAGUGAUUGUGUUGCGCCUUGAAGGUAUGCAGCACGUACAACGGUUUGGGUCCGAUUCGCUCGUCGUCAGUGUUUACUACGAUCUCGCGAAACGUUAACGGUUGCUCUCUAUCGCCGUCCGGUCUCGUUCGAGACGCAAUUUUUCAUCUCUGGCUCAUCUUGGAAUUUGACAAAUGUUAAUUGGGUUUUGAAGAGACAUUUUCUAACAGAAUAGUGAUAAAGUUGAAACCAUGCCAACCACCUGUAAGAUAUGGCUACGGAACGACACCAAGGUGUACAACUGCGGCGAGAAGGUGGAAGGUACGGUCGAGCUGACCGUAACCGAAACCAAAAGGAUGAAUGCCAUCAGAUUGAUCAUCGCUGGAGUGGCCACCGUAGACUGGGAUCAGUUUAGGGGAGCGAAGAAGACAUUGCGAUUCAAAGGAAGUGAAGCCUGUUUUGACUCGGAAAUCGACCUGCUGGGAGCCAAUGGCGAGGAGGUGGACGUCCAGGCAGGCACAACCUCGUACAGUUUCGAUUGUUAUCUCCCGGACUCGUUGCCGCCGUCCUUCGAGGGAGAAUACGGCCGAAUACAGUACAUCAUAACGGUGGUUCUGCAGCGGUCCGGCCGGGUGGACAAAACCUUCACGAUCGAGUUCACUGUCCGAAGGGGCUUGGAUCUGAACGCCGAACCAUCGUCCAUUCGCCGUCCGGCCCGAAUCGAAAGCAGCAACACGUUCCGCUGUUGGCCAUGUCGUUCCGGUCCGCUGGUGGUGGCACUGCAGGUUCCAGCUACCGGUUUUGUGGCAGGUCAGAGAAUUCCCGUUGUUCUGGAAGUCAGCAAUCGCAGCGGGUGCAAAAUCCAUCUCAUCCAGCUGAAGCUGGUCAUGGUUGUGGCCUACACCAGUGACACCCCGCGAGUUAAGGUCAAGACCAAUCGUCAGGAUGUGACCGGUGCAGAGCUCGAUCAGGUCGAUGACCCCGACGUGGUCCGGUAUGAGGAAAGCAUCCUGGUGCCCCAGACACCGGUCACCAGUACCGACGAUAGCUGCAAGAUCAUUCAGAUCGUGUACGAGCUGGAGGCGGAACUGGAAGUCGGUGCGUUGCAUCAGGUGAUGAAACUGGCCAUUCCCAUCGUCAUCGGCACUGUACCGCUGGAUUCCGAUCGACGCGAGUCAACGAUUAUGGAGAUAGAAUCUUAAUAAUGGCCCUCGAAUGAGAGAAUUGAGCCAUGAGGAGACUCGUUUUCCAAAUUCAUGUUAACAUUAUACAUUUUACCGUUCAUGACAUAUGUAUGCUUAUAGUACAAUGAUCUGCAGUGUUUUAAUAUUCACUAGAUUAAAUAUACUCCGAACAAUAAAUCGAUAUCGCUCAAAACUUA